UUUCGUUAAUUUAGAAGAAAAAUAGUGGAAAAUUUUCUAUAUGUGGUUUUGGGUUUAUUUUUAGAUUUGCGAUUUUCAAUGAGAUUUUUUUUAUUAACAACACAACAAAAUAAAUAUAGCAUGGACUUGUGGUAUGCUAGUGGGAUAUCCUUUAGACACAAUCAAGUGCUGGCAACAAGCAUCCAAUUGUCGUGUAGGGACAGCAAUAUAUAACAUCAUUGUGAUGAAUAAUGGGCUAAAAGGAUUCUACAGAGGAAUGACCUUUCCCGUGCUUACAACAGGACUCCUCAAUUCCAUGCUCUUUGGCAUUUACGGGAAUACUCUGAGGAAUCUUCAGCUUGGUGUAGCGGAUGAGAAAUUGCGAAAGAAGCUCCAGCCACAGCACAUCUUCAUUGCAGGCUCUGUUGGUGGCUUCCUCCAAGCUUUCGUGGCGAACCCGAUUGAAUUGGUGAAAAUUAGACUACAAACACGAUCCUGCACAACACGUGGCUCCUGGGAGUGUCUGCGCAAUAUUCUACAAAUUGAGGGCUUCCUCGGACUCUACAGGGGACUCACACCAAUGAUUUGUCGUGAUAUAUUCCCUUAUGGGAUUUAUAUGCUAGCCUAUGAACAAAUCCUCAAUAUGUUGGGAUGCCUACCCUACGUCCAGGAGAAGCGUCAACAAAAUGCCGCGAAGAAGCUGACGAGUGUGAACAGCAAUCUUGAGCUCACCCUCACCACAAUUGCAGGAUCAAUUGCUGGUGUCCUUUCGUGGAUUGUGGUGAUCCCUUUUGAUGUGAUAAAGACAAUUAUGCAGGCUGAGCCAAAUCCUCAUGUCUACCGGAAUAUGAUUCAUUGCAUAAAAGUGCAUGUUGAGAGGAGUGGCUGGACAUCGCUUUUCCGCGGAAGCUGCAUGCUUCUUGUGCGGGCAGUUCCGGUAAAUGUGGCCACAUUCAUUGGAUAUGAAUAUUAUUUGGAGCAAUGCAAAAAGACUAUUUCGUAAUAAAGUAUUUUUUUCUUUAAACAAA